CUCUGCGCUUGAGGCCAGCGCGGCUCGAGGUCGAGCGGCACUCCGUGGACCAAUGAGCGUGCUCCUAGAGACCAGCGUCGGCGACAUCGUGAUAGACCUGCGGACGGAGGAGGCGCCCAUCGCGUGCAAGUCCUUCCUCAAGCUGUGCAAGGUCAAGUACUACAACCACUGCCUCUUCCACAACGUGCAGGCCGGCGCGCUGAUCCAGACCGGCGACCCGACCGGCUCGGGCACGGGCGGCUCCUCCCUCUACGGGCUGCUGUACGGCGAUCAGGCGCGCUUCUUCGAGGACGAGUUCCGCCGCUCCCUCCGCCACGACCGCGCCGGCGUCGUCUCGAUGGCCUCGUCCGGCCCCAACACCAACGGCUCGCAGUUCUUCAUCACGGUGGGCGACCACGCGCAGGAGCACCUCGACGACAAGUACACAAUUUUUGGCGAGGUGGCGGAGGGGCUCGACGUGGCGCGCAAGAUCGGCGCCGCCUACUGCGACCCGGACGGCCGCCCCUUCCGCAACAUCCGCGUGAGGCACACGAUUGUGCUCGACGACCCGUUUGACGACCCGCCGGGGCUCGAGGUGCCGGACGCGUCUCCGCCGCCGUCGGAGCUGCACCGGCAGCAGGACCGCGAGCGCCUCGCCGACGACGAGGAGCUGGGCGGCGACGGCGAGGACGACCCGGCGGCGCAGGACGAGGCGCUGCGCGUCAAGGCGGCCAAGUCGCGCGCGGAGGUGCUAGAGAUGCUGGGCGACCUCCCCGACGCGGACGUCGAGCCGCCCAAGAAUGUGCUCUUUGUGUGCAAGCUCAACCCGGUGACAGAGGACGACGACCUCGACAUCAUCUUUGGCCGCUUCGGCGCAAUCACCUCGGCCGACCCCGCCCCCGCGCCGGCUUCAGGCGACUCGCUCAACUACGCCUUCAUCGAGUUUGAGACGGAGGAGGCGUGCACGCAGGCCUACUUCAAGAUGGACGGCGCUCUCAUCGACGACCGCCGCAUCAAGGUCGACUUCUCGCAGUCCGUCUCGCACCUCUGGAACAAGCGGCGGCGCAAGGAGGCGAUGCCCGCAUACGAGGCGGGAGGAGGGGGCGGAGGGCCGCGCGGCGGCGGCGGCGGCGGCGGCGGAGGGCCGCGCGGGGGCGGAGGCGGCCAUGACUACCAGCGCGUCGGCGACGUCGGCGCGCCGUGCGACGCCGAGCAGAUCGAGAAGCUCCUGUCGGCGAGGCACCGCGCAAAGCUGAACCGCGACUUCCAGACGGCGGACCAGCUGCGCGACCAGCUUCGAGGGAUGGGCGUCCGGCUGCACGACAAGGAGAGGACGUCCCGCUCCCGGGACAGGGAUAGGGACCGGGACAGGGAGAGGGACCGCCGCGACCGGAAGGAGCGGCGGCGCUCGCGCUCGCGGAGCCGCGACCGCGACCGACGCCGGCGGGACUGA